GGGGAAUGGGUAGCAAUCCAGAGAGGAAGGUGGAUGGCAACAGGGAGGCCAUGGCCCCCCAUCCCAGAGCGGAUGGAGCCACCUGGCUGCAAGGCACCGGGUGCUGUGAAGUCUGGAGCGGGGGUUUGAUGGGGAUGUCUGGUCCAUCCUGUGUAACAGGGUGUCAUGCUCUCUCAGCAGGUCUCAGCCGGACAUGCCUCCCUCCGACGUGUCUAGUUGAGCAUCAUUGCCACCGACCCUCUGCGUUGGGUGGGGCCUGGCCUGUGGUUGGCUGGGCACGAUGCCUCGGAAAAGGAAACAUUGUCAGCGUGCAGCCCCCCCUCAGCUGGCUGCGGUCACUGCUGUGGGAACCCCAGCCGUGGCCAGGGCUGGCUCAGGGUGUCGCAUACAACUGGGUCGCAGGACUAGGAGCCCAGCCUACUUUCCCUUCAGCUUCCUGCCGGUGGACUGUCAGCUCCACGUCUUCUCUUUCCUUUCGGAGGUGGAGAAGUGCACAGCUGCCUUGGUUUGUGAAGCCUGGAGCAAGCUGAUCCGCACCCCCAGGCUCUGGAGGGUGGCUGACUUCAUGAGACUGGGGGCCUUCCAGUCAGGCAUGGAUUUGGUGCUGGUUUCUGCCAGAGAAUUUGAGAGAUGGAAAGAGUGGGUCCACCAGUAUGCCUAUCACCUGACCUCUCGCAGCGCUAGCCUGCUAGUCCUCAGGGCCAGCUUUGAUUUGGGUGACCAGAAGACCAAAUGGGCUGACUUCCUUUCACGCUUCUUGGACAGUGUCCACUGUGGGGAGCUGCAGGAGCUGGAGCUCAACUGGACCUUGACUCACUUGGAACCACCAGACUUCUACCCGCCAGGCAUCUGCAGUAUGACUCAGGUCAGCCUGACCAAAAUGGACCAGAUCAGCAACUUCCAGACCCUUUUGGAGAAGUUUAUCCAGAGAUCUCCAAAGCUCACCAGGAUGAAGCUGCCCUUUGACUGGUCUGCAUACUCAGUUGCCAUGCUGACCCAGUUCCAGCAGCUUCACACCUUGGAGUUGAAAUACUUCUGGAGCUUCAAAGGGGUUUGCCCAGAAAUCAUGCAAGAUCUCACCAAAGCCCUGCCCAACCUCAAAACUCUCAUCCUUCAUGUGCUGGUGCCAGUCAAAGACUUGGGCAUCUCCUAUUCUCUAGAAUCCAGAUCCCUGGAGUACUUGGAUGUGUCCCAGAGCCGUGGCCUGGUGUUCUGUCACCUCGACCUGCCCUCCCUGAGGGUGCUGAGGAUCAAGAAGACGGUUCGGGGCAUCAUCCUGAACCGGAGGACUAGGCUGGCUCUUCAGAGUCGCUGGUCCUGUCUGUACAGCUUGCUACGGAGUGGCACGCCCAACCUUCGGGUGUUCAACAACCAGGUGUUGCUGCCGCACUGGCGGGAGCAGACGUACAAGGAGCUGAAUGCCUUGCUGCUGCAAUCAUGCUACUGUGUUCAGCACUCGGACACGUGGUUACUGUAAAGAUUGAUGGUGAAGGGAACAGACAGGAGAACCUGGUUCUCUUUUAUCUCAUGGUGUCACUGAAGGGGGUGUAUAGCAUAAAGAGACCAUGUGUUGCCUUGGGAGGGACCAGGUGUCUCUGGGCCUAGCAUUUGUCAGGUUUCAGGAGAGGCUGCAUCUGGGCCCAGUUUGCUCAAAAUGGGAGGCUGACUGAGGGAUGUUUAGAGAGAAGGACACUCUGUGUUUCUCUUCUACCAAGACAGUAAAUGUUCUGUUCCCCACAGCUGGUCUCCGCUUUUCAUUUAUAAGUGCACUUUAUGGCCCAUAAGUGAUGGCCUGUGUUCCUUACGUACCAGGAAGGGCUCUGAGUACUGCACAUAGUAAAAUCACACCGUUGCAGCCAGACCCGGGUGCCCUGGUUGUCUAAACGCGCUGAUGCAGAAGUGAAGAUAGAAUUGGUAGCCUUUUGAGCUCAGACCCCCACAAACCUCUGCCUGAUGCAUUCACAGGGUAGUUCCAUGCUCUUAGCUGGACAGUGUUAUCAGCUGGUUAGAGCAGGGGAGCUGGGCUUCCUGGGUUCUUUUCCAGUCACUAUCGUUAUUUUUGGAAAUGAUUAGACUCAUUUUCAAAAGCAGCCUCUAAUUUUGGCUGCCUGACUCGAGUUAUCUUGCAAGUUGCGGGAGCGCAGCAGCUCUGAAAAUCAGGACCAAGGGGUCUCGAGUUAGGAACCUGUUCUCCAUCUUUAAAAUGGGAAUAAGCCUAACUUACCUCUCUGGGAAGGUGGUGAGGCAUUUAGACCCUUGGACUUAGGUGCUGCCAAAAUGUAAAGUAGUAUUAGAAAGUGGAGGAACAUGGAUGUUUGCCAUUUCCCAGCCAGCAGAAGGCAUCCCUUACUUUGUUAUGCUGAUAUAUGACCUGACUGAUUCUUCAGACCGUAUCUGUUCUCAGCUGGUUCCUCUGACGCUGGUGGCCAUGUGCUGAGUUGACCCUAAUAAAAAUUUAACAGAGCCCCAUCGCUGUCAGUCUGUUCUAACUCUGCACUGGGCCAGGAGUUCUUACUAAUGGUUGAAUCUGUUUCCUAGUAGCCUCUUCCUAGCCUGGAGGAAGCAUAUGUGUAAUCCUGGCUUUGCAGCGGUGAUGCUUCUUGUGGGACAUGGUGUGGAAGACGACAUGGCUUUGUGCUGGGGUCCGUUUCAUAGGCUGCGAUGAGGGGCCAGAUCCAGAGUUAUUCCUCUGAGGAGGGCAUCUAGAUGCAUGUGGCGUUCAAACUGCACAAGUGGCUGGGGAAGAGGCAGCUUCGUUGUCAGAUGCUGGCAGGGGUGAUUCCCAUGCGUGGUCUCUGCUGCUGUUGAUUCUCUUUCCCUCAGGAGGCUUGAGCCAAAAGCCUCUGGCUGAACUGACCCAAGUAAGGGUUUGUCCAGCACCUAGUACACCGAGGUCCAUGACUCGGGCUCCGAGGCUCUACAGCUAGACAACUAAAUAAUCCGGGUCCUACCCCACAUCUGUUUGUACCUUCAGUCGAAUGAGUGGGGCCCUCCUGCGUCUCCUGCCACUUUCUGAUGCCGGAAAACUUGCUUUGCUUUUCCUGUCACUCCCUCUCUCACAGCCUUUCUCCCCCAGGAGCUCUGCUUGUCUCUGUGCCAGCAGCACGUCAAUCUCCAUCCCCACAGGGGGUCCAUGAGGAUAACAGGGAGCACAGCAGCACGUCUCCUUAGCAACACUGGCUGCCAGGAACACGUUACUCCUGUCCUCUGCUCACUGUGCUGGCUUCCCAAAGAACAUCGAAUCAAGUUCAAGGUCCUGAUCCUCAUCGUCCUAGCCUGGACCCAGGGUAUCUAAAAGAACCUAAAGCUCCAGGAUGCAGCUCCACUCCUCUGGCACCAUGGGACUCUCAACAGUGAGGACAAAGCUCGUUUGUGCAGGAGACAGUCUCCUCAGGGAUCACUCUGAGCCCAUGGAAUGAACCUCCCCCCCAGGCACCAAGGACCACCCCACCGUCCGCUCUGAGCACAUUGCCUUGCCUUCUCUAAUAUAAACAUAUUGCAGUGUGUGUGUAUCUAUGCAAAACAAAACGCCCCCCUGCACGCAGGGAGAGGAUGAGAGUGUGGCCAUGUUGCUUAAUGCGCUCCGGCAGGCGCUCAGCUACAGUGAGGAGCACAGUAUAAGGAACUCUGUAGUACAGAAUAGAUUGGAUCUGUGGGGCUCUGCAGCCUGAAGUGAUCACAGGCCAUGGUGCAUCAGUUAUGUGCACAGAGGGACGGUGGUUUUUGUUCCUCCUGCACACAGCUGUGCUGGCGGGGGGUGUGGUUUGGUCACACUGUAGGGUAAGGAGAGGCAGCAUUGUACUCCCCUAGAGCCUCAGAGCCCAGUCGGGGCCCAGGACCCCAUUGUGCUAGGUGCUCUACAGACACAAGUCAGUCCAUGAGAGAGGCAGUUCUGGCUCAUGUUGUACUGAAACAUGGUAGCUAAGUGUGACCUCAUCAGUCUGAUCACUCCCCAAGGCUGCGUGGCCAUGCUGCCUUCAUUCCCCCCGUGCUGGUGCAGGCAGAGGGGCUGCUGAAAGCACUGUAAAGUGUCCUCUCUCUGGGGGUGUGCUGUUGGAAAAGACACAACCUGCUUGAGGGGGGAGGGUGCAGCACUUGCACUUCCCUGAGCUCUGUGGUGACCUGUGUGAACAUGCAGCUCAGUGUGUGUGGCUGGAAGCAGCCAGGCACUCCAGACGUGCUCUCUCUUGCAAGGUAGAGCUCCCCACCAUCCCCUUUGGAGGCUGAAGUCCUCUCUUCCUGGACAGCUCCACUCCGAGCAGUGCAGUGUAAGAUCCCCUUUCUCUUUCAGUUGCAGGAUUAGUUCUAUGGUGCAUCUGUUUUCUGCUCUUAAUGCAUUUUUUUAAAAAACCAUAAGAACAGCCAUACUAGGGUCAGACCAAAGGUCCAUUUAGCCCAGUAUCCU